AUGAAUAAAAACGUGAUCAGCUAUACAGAAUGCUGCAGUAAACUGGAAAAAAUCGCUUCAAAACGAAGAAUUUAUGGAUCUGAGUCAACUCUCAAGUUGAACAAAAAAGACUACAAACUUGAUGUGUCUAAUGAAAAUAUUGACAAAGAAGCAAAACACAAAAUGAAAAAAAUGCCAUUUAUUUCUGCCAGUAGUGCCAGUAAAAGUUAUAAUAUUGGCGUGAAUAUCCAAUCAACUUUAUCCAUGAUAAAGCAAUUCCCUGGUCAAAGUUAUGAUGAUCUAGACCGUUCAAUAAAUUCAUCUACUAACUUUAUCGUAGAAACGAAAUUGAACAAAAACAGCAGAACUAGCUUAUUAUCACAGCAAUCUUCAGAUGUGCAUUUAUGUCCAGCUAUAUCAGAAGACAAAUUUACAAACCAAAAGGAUGAAAAUUUAAAUACAAACCCGUGGGCAGUGAAACAAACUGAUGCUGAUAAAAAUCAUUUUGAUUUCGAAUUACAAAAAAAUUCUUGUUCCUGUCCAAAUCGGUUCAUGGAAAGUUACCAUAAAGUAAUGGCGCCUUUUAUGAAGCAAUUGAAACGUAAACAAAACUCAAUUGAACCUCCUCAAAACCCUUACACUAAAGCAAAAGUCGUACAAUACUACGAAUUAUUAUCAAGGCACAUGCAAGCGCUCAAACUAACUAUAGUUUCAAUGAAUAACGAAUUUCUAACAAUAACCGAAAAAUACAACAAGCUCUACGAACAAUAUAUUCGGGAUCAAAAUCAAAACCUCAUACCAAUAUUACUUUACACUGAAGACGAACUUAACGCAUUAAGAUCCAAAGUUGAAGAGGCCGUUGAUGUGUACAAAGAAGCAGCUUUUGUAAACACGGAAGAAGUAUUCAAUUCGUCAUCGAAUCUGCUGGCAGAUAUUAAAGCAAAUGAAAAUCCUAGACCUAAGGAAACGACAACUAUACAUUUAUCCAAAGUGUUACGAAGAGUUCAGUGCCUUCAAGAAAAGCUCAAGAUCGGCCAUUUUCUUCAUGGUUGUGGUGACCAGGCAGAAUAA